GAUCCUGCACUCAUCCUCUAUUUCGUUUACUGUAGAGUAGUUCUUCGACCCCAGUCUUUGGCGACGGGUUUCGCUAAUUGGAUCGUUGAAAACCGACCUCUCGACUGUCUCUCCCUUAAUCUCACCCCAUGCACAUUAGCGACUAAGUACUUUUGCCAUCAAUAGUGCCUGAACGCUACUGAACGCUCGACCUAGUAAUCGAAAAUUCCGGGUCUUCUUUCAACAACGUGUUCCAUUCCAAGUACACCAGUGCAGUGCCAAGACCAUCAUUCAUCGUAUAGCGCGCGCUCAGGAAAGACUUGUAUCAUCAAUUCUUCUUACGCCUCCAGACAAUUGAGAUUGCUUCCGCUUCCAAGACACCGUCUUUAGGAAACAAUAGCAUGAGUCACCCAGGAUCUUUCCACAGUUCCGAAUCAAGCCCACAGACAGAGAGAAUGACGCGCCACAAUGCCUCUGUGCCAUGCAACAUCCAGGAAACGGUUGCAAAGGUCGACGCAACAAUCAUUGAUGAUUGCCUAGAACGUGUCAGCAAUUACAUUUUCUGGACGGGAGGUCUAUCCCUCUAUGUGACAUUUUUCUUGGCUAUGUCACAUAGGAUCCUCCUUGAAGUUCCUGUACGUGCGUACACUCGACCAAAUUCAUACUUGCAUUAUCACUUCGAGGAGGCACCUAUGGACUAUUAUGUUCCGGCGAGGGCUACCACUCAACUCGUGUCAAACACGAUACGCGUCAGAUUCUUCUGGCUUGCGAGCCUGAUUUGCUGCGCAGCAACUCUCUUGGCAGGUUACUUUAUGAAGCGCCGUUUGAGGCGUUACAAGCACGCUAAGAUCACUCUCCCUGGAACGUUGACUCGUUUCGAACACAUGCAACAUCUCAGAAUCAUGCGGUGGCGUAUCCUUGAAACUGCUGCCCUCCUACCACUUUUGUUCCUUUCAUCCAUGUUCCUUUUUCUUAUCGGCAUCUCCGAAUAUUUAUAUUCCCUACAACCGAUCGCAGGCUGGUUUGUCCUCUUGUUCGUGGUUCUAGCUAUCGCAGGAUCCUCCUGGCUUACCGUCGGACUCGCCCAUCAAGUUCAAUUCCUCUUUGCUCGUGAUUUGGAUGUCCCUCCAGAUCCCGCCUUUCCUGUAGAUGAUCCGAAACUUCGCAGUGAAGCCAUGUUGCUUUACGCAGAUCUGGAAACGAACAUGCUCAAGAACCUAGCUUCCUCGGAAGGGAAGCAAGUAGUUGAGCGCGUACGACAAACCAUGUCUCAGCUUCUGGUUCGCGAUGUCCAUAACCUUUAUCCUGACAACAAAGAACUGUGGCGAGAGUUAUGGCGGAUGACUUUGCGAGGUCGAGCGUCGAUCGUCGUGAUUAUGAUUGAAGCUUUGAACCGCCAGUUGUCUCGCUGGUCACAUAAGAAAGAUGAUGUCGUAUGGGAUCCAUGGAUGACCGAGGCCGUUACAUGCAUAGACGCGAUGCUAGCAAGUGCGCCCGAAACUUAUGCAUUAUCUCUCGAAGCGAUGUCAGCAGGUCGGCUCCUGGUGAGCUUGCUGGCGCAAAGUGAUGUAGUUGCUGGACGAGUUCUUGCAUGUCUAGCGUCGCGAAAGUCGACGCUUAUGGGUCAAGAAAUUCCUUCAAUCACAAGUACACAAGCACUUCGGAAUCUGAUAGCGGGAGCGAAACAGCUGGCAUUUACGGGAAGAGUGGACCCGCUUGCGCUUCGACAGGUUAUCUUGGUCAUCUCAGAACAUAUCCAGGACACCGUUCGACGCAAGCAAGACGAGGAAUUCAGUGGUCUGUUGUCCCAAUUCAAUAUCCGCUAACCACGCUCGUAUACACCGAUCUUGGAGCUUGGCGACUUGAUACUUAAAUCGCGCUGUGACUAGAUUCUUGUCUCUUAUUCAGACUGUUCUCAGUGAAUACUAUGCCUUUCAAAAACACGUAAAUCGAUAUACUAUCUUUUGUGUGUGGAGCUUCCUGCUUGAGCCCUUUCUGCUCGCCAGUGAGGUCCCAUGGAGGGCGCGGCAGCGUUAUCUAGUCACUAGACUGCUGUAGUUAUAUAUGCCUACUUUGAACUAUUUAUAGCCUGUUGGCUGUAUCGCUGGACCCUGCGCCGACUGUCUUGCGAAUGUAUUCGGCAGGUAUUCGGACCAGUUUUGCGAUCGGCCUA